AUGUCGGAGGUCCGUCAGGAUAUCGGAGCAAAUCCGGGAUCUCCGAAUGUUCCGACUCGGGACCGAGGUUCCGGGAUGGGAGUGGCCAAGGUUCGGUGUGCCGCAACCAGACCGGAGCUGAGACAGUCAGGAGGGAAGGUGACUUGGAGAGUGGGGAGGCAAGGUGUAGGGGAUGGUGAAGUUGUUAGGAAGCUGUCUCCGAGGACAAAUGCCUUCAUGCCUCUUGAUGCUUUGGAGUAUCAUGGGGACAGGGAAACUGCACCUGAGAAUGUUGGCCAGACCAACUCCUUUGUGCCUCUUGGUCUUUUGGAGAACCGCAUGAAUGAAAAGGGAGCUGUUAGAUGCCCACAUGGAAACCGUGUGUUUUAG